AUGCUUCUACAGUGCAAAGCGAGCCCCUUGCAGGCCAUGGGCGCUCAUGAUGCAGUGACCUAUGAGGAUGUGCACGUGAACUUCUCUCCAGAAGAGUGGGCUUUGUUGGAUCCUUCCCAGAAAAGUCUCUACAAAGAUGUGAUGGUAGAAACAUGCAGGAACCUCACUGCUAUAGGCUACAAAUUGGAAGACAGCAACAUUGAAGAACACUGUCAACGUUCUAGAGGACCUGGAAGGUAUAACAUUUGUCAUUGUGGAUAUGAGCCUAGCGAGCACUGGGGACAUGGCAAGAAGCAAUGUACCUUUGCACAUAAGAGUUUUCUUCAGACAUAUGAAAGAAUCAAUACGGAAGAGAAGCCCUAUAAAUGCAGUCAAUGCAGUAAAGCCUUUGCAAACUUCCGUAGUCUUCAAAAACAUGAAAAAAAUCAUACUAGAGAAAAGCCCUAUGAAUGUAGUCACUGUGGUAAAGCCUUCCCAAGUCGCAGUGCUCUUCAAAUACAUGAAAGAACUCAUACAGGAGAGAAACCUUUUGAUUGCAGUGAAUGUGGUAAAGCAUUUGCACGUCACAGCAAUCUUGAUAUACACAAAAGAACUCACACAGGAGAGAAACCCUAUGAUUGCAAUGAAUGUGGUAAAGCCUUUUCAACUCGCAGUCAUCUUCAAAUACAUGAAAUACUUCACACUGGAGAGAAACCCUAUGUAUGUAAUCAGUGUGGUAAAGCCUUUGCAUAUCGCAGUAAUCUUGAAGCACAUGAUAAAACACACACUGGAGAGAAGCCCUAUGAGUGUAAUCAAUGUGGCAAUGUCUAUGCAAGUCGUAGUAGUCUUCGAAAUCAUGAAAAACAUCAUACUGGAGAGAAACUCUAUGGAUGUAAUGAAUGUGGUAGAGCCUUUGCACGUCGCAGUAGUCUUGAAAUACAUGAAAGAACUCACACUGGAGAGAAACCUUAUGUAUGUAAUCAAUGCUGUAAAGCUUUUGCACGUCGUAGCAGUCUUCAAAUACAUGAAAGAACUCACACUGGAGAGAAACCCUAUGGAUGUAAUCAGUGUGGUAAAGCCUUUGCAAGUCGUACUAGUCUUCAAAAUCAUGAAAAACAUCAUACUGGAGAGAAACCGUAUGGAUGUAACCAAUGUGGUAAAGCCUUUGAAUUAAAGUGUGAUCUUCAAAUACAUGAAAGAACUCAUACUGGAGAGAAACCGUACAGAUGUAAUCAAUGUGGUAAAGCCUUUGUAAGUCGUCGUUAUCUUCGAAAUCAUGAAAAACACCAUACUCUUGAGAAACUCUAUGAUUGUAGUCAAUGUGGUAAAUCCUUUGCAAUUUUCAGAUAUCUUCAAAAACACAAAAAAACUCAUACUGGAGAGAAACCGUAUAAAUGUACUCAUUGUGGUAAAGCCUUCGCGUAUCGCAGUAAUCUUUAUAGACAUGAAAGAAGUCAUACUGGAGAGAAACUGUAUGAAUGUAAUGAAUGUGGUCAAGCCUUUGCAUAUUACACUAGUCUUCAUAAUCACAGAAAACGUCAUAUGGGAGAGAAUCCCCACGAGUGUAACUGAUGCAGUAAAGCUUUGUCACAUCAGUGUAAUCUUCAGUUCAUCACAGAACUCACACUGGAGAGAAACCCUAUGAUGAAAUCAAUGCGAUAAUGCCUCUGCAUCUUAGAGUCUUCUUCAAAGGCAUGAAAGAAUUCCUAUGGAGAGCAACACCAUGGAUCUAAUACAUGCAGUAAGGGCUUGAACACCAAGCACUUUUCUUUUGGUCACUAAGCCAUCUCACUGGUGCUCAUGUAUAAUUAAUAGAACCAUUUCAUCAUUAAAAUAUUGUCUUGUUUUCAAGUUGCAUACAACUUAUCAUCCAAGGAUAGAGGAACAUACAAUAUUUGAAUAAUAAAACUUUUUGCAAAUGAAAAUGA